GUGGAGCGACACCCCUGCUUGAUACAUCAGCUCAUUGUCAUCCCAUGGAUAGCACUUGCUGUUUGAUAAGUGCCAAAGGGGAUGAGCUGGGUAUAUAAAGGGUGUAAGUGAUGCUUCACUGCUCAACAAAGCCAGCUUGUCCAGAGAACUCCUUCUAACUAUGAAGCAGUCUUUCUGAACUGUUUGGGAAAAUAAUAGUUUGUCCCUCUGUAUGUGGUGUCAUUCAAUUUAACUGAGUCACUGGAAUAAGACAGAUAAAAACCUUAUUUGCCUCCCGUGGGAAAGGAAAAGGGAACUUUCGUCUCUGAGUUUUGGUUCCUCUGGUAAUACUUUCCAUCCACUUCUGCGAAACGAAGCCAUGACCGACGACAGUCAAAUUCUUCCCCGUCCUCUCUUCCGGCGAGACGAAGACUGGGAUCCUUGCCGUGAGUGGACAGAGACCGGACGAAUGUUCGACCAGGACUUCAGCAUCCCUCUUUUCCUGGAAGCUGGUGAUCUGAGCUGGAUAGACUGGGCCAAAAAGAGGAUGGCAUCCACCACCUGGCUAGGGUACAUGCGCUCGCCUCACUUCAGCCCCUCCUUAGCUCACCCUCCUGCUGUUGGGGUUCACAGACCCCACGUACCUCUGAUCGCAGGAACGUCUGAGAUCAGGUCCAACCAGGAUGGCUGGAAGGUCAACCUGGACGCUAAUCAAUUCUCUCCAGAGGAAAUAACAAUUGUCGUCAAGGGGGACUUCCUGGAGAUAGCAGGAAAACAUAAGGAGAGACAGGAUGAACACGGAACCAUCUCAAGGUGCUUCACCAGGAAAUAUAAGCUGCCACAGGGGGUGAACCUGCAGCACAUCAGCUCCUCUCUGAACAGUGAGGGGAUUCUGUGUGUGGAGGCACCCAGUCCAGGGACUACCAGCCUCAGCCUCCCAAGCACUGACAUUAUCAUCCCUAUUCAGAUCAAACACGAACUGGAGGGUGAUAAGUGAGGCUGGUGGUCAGGCAUUGCAUUUUAGCAUUAGUCUUAGAGCACAGUUCGGAUGAUGCUUUCCAGACACACACUGUUGUUCCUCAUGUGAAUGUUUAGCAGGCUUUUGCAGCAUAAAUGCCACGCACAGUGACCACAAGCUUGUCUUCCCUUACGGGAUACAGUGUGUGCUGUUUUGUAAGCCUUCUAUUGGACAAGAAUAGAGUUAUGGUAGUUUUUUAACAUGGGCCACAACUGUAGCUAAAGUAGAAUGAGAACACUAAGCCAAGACCAAUUGUUUAUUCUAAAACUGUUGUGCUGUAGUACCUCCUCAGUUUAGUUUCUUUGGGAUUUACAAUGAAGAAUGCUACAAAAUAAAUGUAUAUGCAUAACAUCUCUGUCUAAUAAAAUACUAGUAUAGUAAAGUAUGAAUCAUCCCUAGUGCGAAUCUUUGGAUUUUAGGACUUUGUUUUGUUGGGAAAAAUCUAUAGGAUAAACAGGGUCAAUGAUUGAAGUCAAACAAGCGAAACAGGAAGAUAACACUUGUGUUGCGUGUGGGAAUGUGUGUUGGUCUAACUGUUUUUCUGGACCAUGGAACCGGCAGUUACUGCCGACCCAUCACACCCAACCCUGUUCAGGGUAAUCUAGGGGACAGGCUGUGCUGAAUUACAAACUACUUAAUGCAUGAUUACUUGGUUCAAUUGCUAGUAAAUGGAGUGGACAACAUGUAAAUAAACAGAUUACUAAAUAAUUGUCUGAUCAG